AUGUUUGAACAUGGUAUUCCGCCAUAUCCAUUAUCCGGGAGCAUCAUCGUCAAAGGUGUGUACAGGAAGCUGACCGGGAAAAGCUCCGCCGGGUUUUGCCGGAAUAAUAUACCGUCGUUGUGCAAACACACGGUCUGUGAAAUAGGAGAUGUGAUGAUUCCGACGGCCGGCGUAUCUGAGACUGGGUACACCAAAAUUUGGGGAUGUUUCGUUGAUUUGCGGAAAAGCAAAUGCAGAUUGAAUUGCAUUUGGAAACAACAUCUCUCGUAUUCCAAUUUGAUUCCUAGAAGUGGUUGGUCUUUCAGCUCAAAACAACUAAGAAAGAAGGCAGAGUUCCGGCGCCACGAUGCUAACAGAAGACUUAGCAGUUCUGUUGAUCACUUGAAUACCGAAAUGGUCAACGUUAUUAUGUGUUUAUAUGAUACAUUGCAAUUCCGCUUUAACAAUUCACGAUGUUUGAUUGUGUGUACUAGGCAGGAGAUGAGACUUCCUAGCCGCCCUACUCGUUAUGUGCAACAUCGUAAGAGUUUUAUCAAUGAUCCAACAUCACUGCGACAAACUCUUCAUCUUGGGUAUGAUCCCGCGACUAGAACGUAUGAAUUGCUAAGGUCGCAGCUUGAAGGGUUGGCGACAUCAAAUGCAAGCUGAGAUAAUGACAUUGAGGCCUAAUGGUCAAUCCACAUGGAGGAAACUGGAGCCUGAUUGAUAUUAACUUGCGGAUGUGGACUCGUGAAGAGUAGCUAAAGCAGCCGAACCUAAUAAGAUACCAAUUACACCCCAGUAACGUUUAUUGACCAGCUGA